AUGAUUUAUUUCUGCACCAGCUUUGGAGACGCCCACGACAAGGGUGGUCUUUCAGUGCUAGACCAGCAGAGGUCUGUGAGAAGGAAAUGGCAGUGGAAGCGGUAUCUGCUAACAGAAGAAGAUAUAAAGUUACAAGAAUUUCAGCAGAUGAAAGUGGCAAUUAGAAAUGAGCUUAAUGGUAAUAAAGAUCAAUAUUUUAAAAAUAUUAAAGAAAAACUAAAGAAAAAUGGAAUAAUUCUCAAAAAUGAAUUAAAAAAAUUUCUGCAUUUAUGUCAGACUUCAUCUGAUGUGGAACUAGCCAGAAAAGUUAUUUACAGGUACCAUGAACAGAAUGGAGUCACAGCCUUACAUAGUUUUAAAUUUGGGCCACUCUUUAUGAGGCUGUGUUAUGAGCUAGACCUUGAAAGAACUGCAGUAGAACUUAUUAAAGAUCAGAAUUUGCGUGGCUUUUUCUCAGACAGUACGUCAUUCCAUAUUUUGAUGACUAUGUUGUUUAAAAAGGGCCAUUUUGAAAGUGCUUUGGAAGUUCUGGUAGAAAUGAAAAAACAAGGUAUACCUUUCAACAAAGAAACCUAUCUACUUGCAGUUGCAAUAUGCUAUAAACUGGGCAGCCCGGAGUCUUCCAAAAUCUCUGCGAGACUGCUUGAAGAAGCACAGCUAAGAGGUGACACGGUACCACUGCGAGCAUACUGCUUUGCAGUGGCAACUGCUCUCAAGCAGAAUGAUGUAGCACAAGCCAAAUUUUAUUGUUCCCAGAUAAUGAGAACAGAGAACAAACUCUACAAUAAUCUUAAAGUCCUUGUCCAGCUCAGAUCUGGUUUACUAAAAGAAGUAAUAAAUACAUUAGAGGCAGCAGUGGAAGUAGAUACUCCUCCCUUUGUGAAAAGAACUGAGUUUUCUGAGCAGGUGCUGGCUACAGUCAGGGAAAAGAUGGAAGAGAACCCUGACCUUUCUGUUAAAUUAAGAAAUGUUUAUAUGAAACUACAAGCUUCAGGACGGAUAACCAUGUGCACACUGGAAGACAUGCUUUUCCAGAUUCCUAGUUCAAAGAAGACCACUGCAAAGCUUUUAAGUCAGAAACAGUUGGGCUAUCAGGGUGCUAAUCCACUUUGGUCAAGUCUGUUGUUAGAAUAGUUCAGUAUUUGAUGCCAAACUGAACUGCUGAUAGCAUCUCUUAAAAUCCAAGUUCAAAUAAAAUGUCUUUCCCCUUUUUACACAAUGAGCAGUCUUAAGUUGUUUGUAUAAAAUUUCAUUUUAAAUGCCGAUCAUAUGGCUUCUGUGUUUCAAUUUUGAUCCUAAAAACAAGCUGCCACAGUGAGUAUUUGUGUGUUGUUCAGAAAUGGGAGUGAUAGAAAGGUUUGACUUUUUCCUUAGGCUCUUGUAUCAGGAUGUUCCUAUGCUAAAUAUUCUGGAAGUGAAUGGAUUGAAGUGAGCAAAGCAAGCAAAGUGAUAUGAGUGUCUGACCUGACUUCUGUGGUUCAUGAGAAGAAAAUUUGGUGUUCAUUGGAUGUAAUGUUCUGACUGAAAGGAUAGAAGCAGGCAAGAGUCCAGAUAAAAGAGCAUGAAAUGCUUGAACUGUUAAUUAAAAGUUUCAAGAGUAGAUCUCAAGAGAAUCAGGGGGAAGCAAGCAUCUUUUAUUCACUUCAAUAUCUUUUUCUUCUAAAGAAAUAUAUUAGUAGUUUUUUCAUAUCGACUGGGAUCAUGGAAAUGCCAUGGGAAUUAGCAUGGUGACCAAGUGAUUACUUUCUCACUUGAAGGAAAUCAAGUUACUCUCAGAGUGAGUGACUUCACAUUUCUUCCUUCUGAUUUUCUGAUAUCAAGAUUCCUGGGUUAAGCCAAUCUUGAUGUAAAUUUGCAACUAAGUAAUAAAAAGUUUCUUAGAGCAAUUAUGAUCACAUUUUAGUUAUAAUUACACCAUCUGCAUAGUUUACCCUAUUUUUUGAUUGAAAAAAAUACAAAGAACCUUCACUUUGUCCAGUUUUAAUAAAUCUAAAACAAAUGUGCUUGACUCUGGCCAUAAAAAGUUGUUUGUGUCUUUGAGUCCUGUAUACUCAAGAAUCUGAACUUGCUCACCAUCCAGAAUAGAAGGAAUUGGAAACAGGUACACACCUUGGCUAGCAUUCAUGUGCCUUUGAGUGCCUUUGCAUGUGAAAUGAUGAACAUGUUGGUAAGAGAACUUGGCGGUCUUGUGAGUGCGAGACUUGGUAGAACUCAGCUUGGUACUUGCCAAGUUGGGUUGCAUUAUCUCUCCUCUGCCUUCUGUUUAUUUAUUUUGCCUCUGCCCCACUCAAGCAAACGUCAGGACUCAGAGUAUAUUUUCUGUGAAUAAAUAUCUGCAUCUAUAUCACUGUAACCAGCAGGACAGGGAAGAAAUAAGAACCCAUCCACCUUUCAAAACAAGCGUAGCUACAGCUGUUGGGAUGUUGCCUUCUGAAACUCUAACUCUGUAAGUUAUUUCUUUUGUCACAGUGUGUCCUGUUAAUAUUUAAUACUAUAAAAACUGUUACAAAGUAGAUUGAAUUCCACGCAAGUGAAGAAUAAUUUGAAGUGUGUGUCACACUUCUGUGAACCGUGUGUACGCUUUUUAUGAUUGGUGGCAUAGGCUAAAGUACUACAUAUAUUAAUCUAAGAACACAGCUAUUUUCCUCUAAUAUUGUGUAGUAUGUAAUUCCACACAUAAUUUCCCAUUCAUUGAAAAUUCUUUCAACAUUUCCAGUACUAUGUAGACCCUUGAGAAGUUCCCAGUCUUUUCUCUGCAAAUAAAUUUGAUAUGAGAUUGCUUGCGGUGUGGCAAGGAUCAGUGGCAAAAAAUGUAAAGGAAAUAAACACUAUUCAGUUUGCUCUGUUUGUAUGGACAGGAAAACCAUCUGGUGUUGUGCAGUACAAUCAGGACAACUAUUCAGUGUUAAACGUGUAUAAAUGCCAUGUUUUUAAAGGCCAUCAAGGACAGUUUGACCCAUUUAGCCUUACAUAGCAAAUACAUAAGGUCAGUUCAGUUUAAUUUCCUAACUUGGCACUUUAAAACUUGUAUUAAUUGCAAGAAGUUGUUGCAUCCUAGAACUGUGUAUGUGUGUUUGUUCAUUCGAAUCAGAAUUGUUUCAGUUCCUAACUAAGGCUGUAU